CCGAGACACCGAGGACCCAAAGCACCACCAGGGCUCGUUAAAGGGGACCAAAGGGAACCAGAAAAACAACGCCAACAAACACUGUCAGACCGCCAACGAAACCAACAUCCUGAGCACCCCGGAGAUUAAGGCGAGGAAGCUGGACCAGCACGGCAAGGACAAGCCGACCGGCAAGGAUAAGCAGGGCAAGGAUGCGAAGGAGAAACAGCAGACGGGAGGAGGCGGGAGUAAAGCGACCAGUGCCUCCUCGAUAGCACCGCUGGCGCCUCAUCGGCAACACUGCACCCAGGUCCGGACGCGGAGGCUGAUGAAGGAGCUACAGGAGAUCAGGAGGUUAGGGGACAACUUCAUCACGGUGGAGCUGGUGGAGGACAACCUGUAUGACUGGAACGUCAAGCUGCACCAGGUGGACAAGGACUCGGCGCUGUGGCAGGACAUGAAGGAGACCUGCACCGAGUUCAUACUGCUCAACGUCACCUUUCCCGACAAUUUCCCCUUCUCGCCGCCGUUCAUGCGGGUCCUGACGCCCCGGUUGGAGAACGGCUACGUGCUGGAUGGCGGGGCCAUAUGCAUGGAGCUGUUGACCCCCCGCGGAUGGUCCAGCGCCUACACGGUGGAGGCGGUCAUGAGGCAGUUUGCAGCCAGCCUCGUAAAAGGACAGGGACGUAUAUGUAGGAAAGCAGGGAAGUCCAAGAAAGCGUUUAGCCGUAAGGAAGCCGAGGCCACCUUCAAGUCCCUGGUGAAGACCCACGAGAAGUACGGUUGGGUGUCCCCACCCGUGUCUGACGGCUGA